AUGACAUUAUACAUCGACGAAAACAAUAAUAAAUGGUUUCGUGAAAAGAAUUCGGAAUUUUGGCCAGGUCAAGAAUUUUUAAUUGAAAUUGAAGAAAUUUUAUAUCAACAACGAUCAAAAUAUCAAGAUGUACUUGUUUUUAAAAGUAAAACUUAUGGUAAUGUACUUGUAUUAGAUAAUUGUAUUCAAUGUACUGAAAGAGAUGAAUUUGCUUAUCAAGAAAUGGCUGCCUUUCUUCCUUUACUUGCACAUCCCAAUCCGAAACGAAUACUGAUUAUUGGUGGAGGUGAUGGAGGUGUUGUGCGUGAAGUAGUAAAACAUCCACAAGUUGAAGAAGUUAUUCUUUGUGAAAUUGAUGAAGAUGUUAUUAAUGUAAGCAAAAAAUAUCUUCCUAAUAUGGCAAAAGAAUUAGUCAAUUCAAAAGUAACAGUUGUUAUUAGUGAUGGAUGUGAAUAUCUUAAACAACAUAUAAAUGAAUUCGAUGUUAUCAUAACAGAUUCAUCGGAUCCAAAUGGUCCAGCUGAAUCUUUAUUUGAAGAAUCAUUUUAUUCAUUAAUGAAAACAGCACUUAAACAACCAGAUGGUAUAAUAUGUUGUCAAGGUGAAUGUAUUUGGUUAGAUUUACCUUUGAUUAAAAAAUUAAUGACAAUAAGUCGUCAUCUUUUUUCAUCGGUUGCUUAUGCUAAUGUAUCUACACCAACAUAUCCAUGUGGAACACUUGGUUUUAUUGUUUGUAGUCUUAAUGAAAAUGUAAAAUUAACUGAACCGAUUAAUGAAAAGUUAGCUGAUGAACUUAAUACAAAAUAUUAUACAGCUGACAUUCAUCGUGCUUCAUUUGCUUUACCUGCAUUUGCUCGUCAAGAACUUGAAGACAAGAAUAAAUGA